AUGGAGAAAAGAACUUGGUCUUUCUUAACUCUGCAGAAAAGUAACGGGCAGGAUGAAGAGAAUUACAGCAAGUGGUGUGUGGUCUCUUUUGAAACGACCAGCCAUGAAGUCGAGGAAGAGCUUUCCAGGAAUCCAGAUCAAUCAAAGAGGCCAGAAGAAAUCAAUGUGAAGAAGUCAAGGAAUCCGUCUUUAGUUUUCCAGAUUGGCACCCUCCUUGAAAAUCCAUCCCAAGUAGAAUGUCACAAAGGAAAGAGAAGGAAUAAACGUUCUGAAAGCAGAGAAAUAUUGAUAUGUGAAUCCAACUUUUCUUCCCAUCAGAGAACCCAUGAAGGGGAUGAAACCUACAAAUGCUCCGAAUGUGGGAAAGGCUUCAGCAGACUCGUACGCCUCACUUCUCAUCAGAGAAUCCAUAUGAAGGAGGAUCUGUCAGAGAGUUCCGAGUGCGAAAACAGCUUCAGUCUUAGCAAAAGGCAUACUUCCUGUCGAAGAACCCUUGUAGGACAAAAACCAUGCCAGUGCUCGGAGUGCGGCAAGAGAUUCAGGUGUAACAGCACUCUGACUUUGCAUCAGAGGAUCCAUUCAAAGAAGAAACCGUAUAAGUGCUUGGAAUGCGGGAAGAGCUUCCGCUGGAGUUCAAACCUCACCGUGCAUCAGAGAAUCCACUCAGGGGAGAAGCCAUACAAAUGCUUGCUGUGUGGAAAGACCUUCACUGUCAGUACAAGCCUCACUUCCCAUCAGAGAAUCCACAAAAAGGAGAAGCCGUAUGAGUGCCUGGAGUGCGGAAAGACCUUCAGAUGGAGCACAGCCCUCAACUCCCAUCAGAGGUUCCACUCAAAGGAGAAGCCGUAUGAGUGCCUGGAGUGUGGAAAGACCUUCAGUUGGAGCUCAGCCCUCACUUUACAUCAGAGAACUCACUCUGGGGAGAAACCCUACCUGUGCACAGUGUGCGGGAAACGCUUUGCUCAGAGCCCACACCUUAUUUCCCAUCGAAGGAUUCAUUCUGGACAGAAACCCUACAAAUGCCAGGAGUGUGGGAAAGGCUUCAGUCAGAGCUCACACCUGAAGGUGCACCGGAGUGUCCACACGGGAGAAAAGCCAUAUAAAUGCUUGGAGUGUGGAAAGAGUUUCCGUAUCAGUACGACCCUUAGAUCACAUGCAAGAAUCCACACAAGGGAGAGGCCGUAUAAUUGCCUAUAUUGUGGGAAAAGCUUCAAUCAGAGCUCAAGCCUUAAUACACAUCAAAGAAUCCACACAGGCGAGAGGCCCUAUAAAUGUGAGGAAUGUGGAAAGGGUUUUAGGAGCAGUUCAGAACUUAGCAUGCACAACAGAACUCACACAAGAGAGAAACCAUGUAAAUGCCUGCAGUGUGGAAAGAGCUUCCGUCUCAACACGUUCCUGAAAUUGCACGAAAGGAUCCACACAGGGGAGAAGCCAUAUAAAUGCCUGGAUUGUGGGAAAAGCUUCAAUCAGGGUUCAAGCCUUAAUACACAUCGAAGAAUCCACACAGGGGAGAGGCCGUAUAAAUGUAUGGAAUGUGGAAAGGGUUGUAGGAGCAGUUCAGAACUGAACAUACACAACAGAACUCACACAAAAGAUAAACUGUUUAAAUGCCUGAAGUGUGGAAAGAGCUUCUCUAGUGGCACACGGCUGACAGGACAUUAUGCAGCCCAUACUGGAGAGAAAAAAUAUAAAUGCAGGGACUGUGGGAAAAGAUUCAAAUGGAGAGGUUAUUUCCUCUCCCAUCAAAGAAGACACAAAAUGGAGAAUUCAUAGAAAUGAUCAGAUUAAGAGUUUUGGAAAUACAACUGAAAA